UCCGUCAAACUCUAGUAAUGCAAAUAUAUCAAACAGUAGAGGACUCCUACGUCGUGUCGUUAUUGAAAAACAAUGUCGCCACCUUAACGGUUAGCACUAGCAGUCACCGAAGGGAUUGGUGUCAUGAAGGAUUUUACUGGCUUAAAAUCAAGUUCGAUGAACUCUAGUUUGUUUCAAAUAACCUCUAAGAUUGCUGCUCUUGCAAGGUCGGGUUGUUUCGUACAAGCUCGCAAACUGUUCGAUGGAAUGUCUUACAGAGAUACGGUUGCUUGGAAUUCAAUGCUUGCUGGCUAUUCUCAACUUGGUCUUCAUCAAGAGGCUUUAUCUCUCUUCCAUCAAAUGAGAAUUAGCAACGCCAAACCUGACCCCUUCACCUUCACUGCAGCUUUAAGUGCAUGCGCUGAUUCAGGCUCCCUUCUCAAUGGAACCAAAGUGCACGCUCUAGUCAUUGUUUCGGGAUACCAAUCCUCAUUGGCAGUUAAUAACUCCCUUAUAGAUAUGUAUGGGAAGUGUUUGAAUGCUUUUAGUGCUGGAGAAGUUUUUCAAGCAAUGGAUGAUACAAAUGAAGUAACAUGGUGUUCGCUUCUGUUCGCAUAUGCGAAUUCUGGUCAGUUUAACGCGGCAAGGGAGAUUUUUAAUUUAAUGCCUAGAAAGGUCGAUAUUGCUUGGAAUACAAUGAUUGCUGGCCUUGGCCGAUGUGGCGAGAUUGAAUUAUGUUUGGAUAUGUUCAAAAAGAUGCUACAAAGUUUGUGUGAGCCUGAUCAAUGGACUUACAGCGCCCUUAUAAGUGCUUGUACUGAAUCAUCCGAAUUGUUAUGCGGGUGUGUGUUGCAUAGUGUCAUUAUUAAGAGUGGUUGGAGCUCUGCAGUGGAGGCAAAGAAUUCGAUUCUCAGCCUUUACGCUAAACUUGGUUCCUUGAGUGAUGCUAUGAAAAUUUUUGAAUCAACUGGAAUACUGACUCAGGUGUCUUGGAAUGCUAUUAUCGAUGCUCAUAUGAAAGGAGGAAACCUCCAUGAAGCAUUUCACAUGUUUCAGUGCCUGCCGGAAAAGAACACUGUUUCAUGGACAUCUAUGAUAUCUGGGUAUGCCAAAAAUGGUUAUGGAGAAGAAGCUCUUAGCUUCUUUGCUGGCAUGGUGAGCAGUCACUUGCUUCCAGAUGAUUUUACGUUUGGAUCUGUUCUUCAUGCGUGUUCAAAUUUGGCCAUCCUAGGAUAUGGCAGAAUGAUCCAUGGAUCUGCCUUUCGCCGUGGUUUCUCUACUUAUGUGUAUGUUGGAAAUGGCUUAGUUAACAUGUAUGCUAAGUGUGGAGAUUUAGAUGGAUCAAUUUUAGCAUUUAGUGACAUUUAUGAAAAAGAUUUGGUCUCUUUUAAUGCUAUGUUGUUUGCAUUUGGGUUACAUGGAAAGGCUAAGCAAGCUUUACAGGUAUAUGAAGAUAUGAUAGCAUCUGGGACAAAACCAGAUAAAAUGACUUUCAUUGGAUUGUUAAUGACCUGUAGUCACUCAGGGCUUAUAGAAGACGGUCAUGUGUUCUUCGAAUCAAUGAGAUCAGCUCAUGGGCUUUCAUAUGAGGCAGAUCAUGUGGCAUGCAUGGUGGAUAUGCUUGGACGAGGCGGCUACUUAACAGAAGCAAGAGAGUUGGCUAACAAGUAUUCAAAAACAGGCUAUAUUGAGGCGAAUUCUUGUGAGGCUUUGCUUGGAGCAUGUUCUGCACAUAGUGAAGUAGAAACGGGGACUUUUUUAGGGGAGGAAUUAAAGGUUUUAGAACCUGAUAAAGAGAUGAGUUAUGUGUUGCAAUCAAAUUUGUACUGUGCUAGAGGGCUAUGGAAGGAAGCAGCGAUGGUUAGAAAGGCAAUGAUUGAUGAAGGGUUGAAAAAGAUGCCUGGUUGCAGUUGGAUUGAAGUGAGAGACAAGGUGACAUCUUUUGUAGCAGGAAACCAUUUUCAUCCACACAUGGAAGAGUUAUGUAAGAUAAUAUACUUCUUGGAUUUUGAAAUGAGAAAUCCAUGCUUCUUGUGACGGUGGUAACUGAUUGAAUUCCAAGUCUGACUCAGUAAUAACAGAGGUGACCGAGGUCGGCUUCUUUGCAAGAAGAGCCUGCAAAGCUGACUUCUAAAGACAAUCGAAGUAUCAUUUGGAAAGAAAAUGUCUUAUAUAAAUUUUUAUGUAUUCUUUUUUUACAUUAAUCAAAAUAAGAAAUUAUGGAGCC